ACAUCUGUUGAGAAAAGAAGUUUGUCCGGAAAAGACAGUAAUACGCAUUUACUACAAAUGUCAGAUAUAAAAAUAUAAUUUAGUGGUCAAAUCUGAAGUUAAUAAGCAUCAAACAUUCUGGAUCCAACAAUAAGCACAAACAAGCAGAGUGAUAUAAUAUCUUAUCUUGGAAAGAGUAGUGAGUUUUUCUGCCAGCUGGUGUAUACAUCGAAUACAAAGUAAAACGAUGGAAUCGUUGCCUUUACUUUGAUGAUGUUAUUUUCUGGCUGAAAACUACGUUGGUGUGAUGCUACAGUGCAAUGGCAAACGAAGAACCUAUUCUUAUUCGUGUUUUCAAUGGCACGAAACUCUUACUGAGUACGAAGCGUUCGUUAGCUGGUAUAACAGAAGAAGUGUCACUGAAGUGGGGAGAUGGUCGAAUUCCUCGCAUUUAUUUUUUGUACUUUCAUAAGUCAUUCCUGAAUGAAGGUCAAUUUCAAUGGUGGUUGAGUUUAAUGGAACGCAGAAGAAGCCUUUCACCAGAUUUAGCUGCCGUAUUCCCAGGUGAACGUUUUAAGACAACAUCAUCGGAACCGGAACGAGUGUUGAGUUGUCCGAUUGAAGAAACACGAAUCAUUCGAGUCAGGUGGGGAGAUGAGUUUUUAGAAACAACAAAACAAUCAAUGGCUGAUAUAGAGGAAGAAGCGUCGCUUAAAUGGUCCAACGGUGAAAUGAUCCCUCGCAUUUCUAUGGACAAUGAAGAAUUUGGCAAUGAACCUGCUUUCCAAUAUUACGUUGAAAAGUUCUGUACAUGUAGACCAACAGAGGUAGUGGCUACUUUCCCACGUGACAUAUAUCAGUCUUGGAAACAGCACACUGAGAAGAUUAAUGAACGAUUCACUCUUAACGGAUUUAAAGAAAUUCGUGUCAAGCGUAGAGAAGAAAUCAUGGUAACAAGAUUUACAUUACUGAAUCUUAUUCGGGAAGAGGCAUCGGUAUUUUGGGGAUCUGGGCGCUUAAGAGGUUUCCAUAUUUACUGUCAGACCGCGCAAGCAGUACUCUGGAAUCAAAAUGACUUUCAAAAAUGGUUGACCAAUACAUGGGAAAAAUGCAGCACUUCAGAGCUAUUGGCAGUUUAUCCAGGUGAAAAAUUUCCAACACAACGUGUCCAACAUAAAAUUAUCAGCGCCGACAAAAUUAUUCGUGUCAAGCAUGGAGAUGGAGUCAUGCUAAGCUCAAGACGGUCACUAGCUGAUAUACAGGAAGACGCGUCAUUUAAGUGGACUGAAAGCAGCUUUUAUCCACACAUUAUUCCUCGCAUUAUUAUUGACAACGAAUCACAACAAGAAAUUACAAACGAAUUUGAUUUCGACGAAUGGUUGGAUGAUUGGGACCAAAACCCGACAGACUUAGUUGCUGUUUUUCCAGGUGUGUGGAACUGUGUCACACGAUUACUAUCACGAGUACUGUCCGCGUUAUCGUACGACAAGGAAAAAAAUGAAUAAAUUUUGAAAACUUAGAAACAGAAUAGCCAAUAAUUCGCUCGAGUGAAAAGCUAGAAUAAGAAGUGGCGAAAAUGCAACGUAACAUGUAAAUUAGAAAUUUUGACAACAGCGCGUGGCUCAACAAACAAAGAAAUAUGAUGGUAGGCUUGACGAGAUAGCCGAGCGAAAAAAAUGACAGAAAAAGUAUUUAAAUGUAUAUGAGGAUUUCCUUAUAAAUAUUGCAGGGUAAAUAUUGGAAAAUUGACCUAAAUUAUCAAAACUCAACUUUGAACUCAAAUUUUUCGGUGAUUUCGGCAAGAGGUAAAAAAAAUCUGCUUUUAUUUUAAAGAUUUGUCUUUUGUUUUCGUAAUUAAAGUAAAUUUAAUUAAUAAUUUGUAGUCUAACUAAUUAAAAUUAAUGAAUUAAUAAAAAUGAAGAGUUGUCCUAGGGGUAUCGUGAGUGGUCCUAUGGUAAAAAUUGUGAG